GAUUUGGAACCAGUUUGUGUCAUGGACAGGGGGUGUAGUAGUGUAGAUGAGAUGAGCAUAUGGUAGACUCAAUAAGGGUACCAUUUUUUCCUUACAGAAGAACAAGAGUGGGCUUCCUACUUCCACCACAUCCCUUCCCAAUCAAAAUCCGCAAAACAUUAAGUACGGCGCUUUCCCUUUGCGAGCUGAGACUUACAAAUAAAUCCUUUGCUGCCAAACCACGCUCACUCUCAUCAUCACUUCAUUCCCACUCUCCCCAGAAGAAGAAGAAGUGUCUUAUAAUAAUGGGAAUGAAGGGUGCCCCCGUCUGUCUCUCCGUCGACGACAACGUCGUUCUCAAGUCCCCAAACGACCGUCGUUUGUAUCGCCUCAUCCACCUCCCCAACGGCCUUCGCGCCUUGCUCGUUCACGAUCCUGAGAUUUACCCUGAGGGGCCUCCCAAGCAUGCUCCAAAUGAGGAUGAAGUUGAAGAAGAAGAAGAAGAUGAUGAAGAAGAUGGAGAAUAUGAUGAUGAUGAUGAUGAUGAUGAUGAUGAUGAUGAUGAUGAAGAAGAAGAAGAAGAAGAAGAAGAAGAAGAAGAAGAAGAAGAAGAAGAAGAAAUGGAUGGGGUGAAGGGUGGUGGUGCUGUUGCUGCUCAGAGCAAAAAGGCUGCAGCAGCUAUGUGUGUAGGAAUGGGCAGCUUUUCUGACCCGGAUGAAGCUCAAGGACUAGCGCAUUUUUUAGAACACAUGCUCUUCAUGGGGAGUGAUGAAUUUCCAGAUGAAAAUGAGUAUGAUAGCUAUUUGUCCAAGCAUGGUGGCUCAUCAAAUGCAUACACAGAAACUGAAUACACCUGCUACCAUUUUGAAGUGAAGCGAGAGUUUCUGAAGGGUGCCUUGAAAAGAUUUUCUCAGUUCUUUAUUUCACCUCUUGUAAAGAUGGAGGCAAUGGAGCGAGAAGUACUUGCAGUAGAUUCAGAAUUUAACCAGGUUUUACAAAGUGAUGCUUGCCGCCUUCAACAACUUCAGUGCCAUACUUCAGCUCAUAAUCAUCCUUUAAAUAGAUUCUUUUGGGGGAAUAAAAAGAGCUUGGUUGAUGCAAUGGAGAAGGGUAUUAAUUUGCGCGAGCAAAUAUUGAAAUUAUACAAGGAUUAUUACCACGGUGGAUUGAUGAAGCUUGUUAUUAUUGGUGGAGAGUCUCUGGAUGUGCUUGAGAGUUGGGUUGUGGAACUGUUUGGCGCUAUCAAGAAAGGUCAAGCAAACCCAGUGUUCACAGUGGAAGGUCCUAUCUGGGAAUCUGGUAAAGUUUAUCGGCUAGAAGCUGUCAAAGAUGUUCAUAUCCUUGACUUAUCAUGGACAUUGCCCUGUCUACACCAAGAGUAUUUAAAGAAGCCAGAGGAUUAUUUAGCUCAUCUCCUUGGGCAUGAGGGCAGAGGAAGCUUGCUCUCCUUUCUCAAGUCCAGAGGAUGGGCUACAUCUCUAUCUGCAGGAGUUGGGGAAGAAGGAAUUUAUCGGUCAUCUAUAGCUUAUGUCUUUGUCAUGUCCAUACACCUCACAGACUCUGGUAUAGAAAAGAUCUUUGAUAUCAUUGGCUUUGUCUAUCAAUACCUUAAGUUGUUGCGUGAAGAUACUCCACCAGAAUGGAUAUUUAAGGAACUUCAAAAUAUUGGAAACAUGGAUUUCAGAUUUGCGGAAGAGCAGCCUCCAGAUGAUUAUGCUGCUGAGCUUGCAGAAAAUUUGCACUUUUAUCCACCGGAGCAUGUAAUUUAUGGUGACUACGUGUUCAAGACAUGGGAUGAACAAUUGUUAAAACAAGUUCUUGGUUUCUUCGUUCCGGAAAACAUGAGGGUAGAUGUUGUUUCAAAGUCAUUCCUCAAGUCAGAAGAUUUCCAAUAUGAACCUUGGUUUGGUUCUCGUUACGUUGAAGAAGAUAUUGCUCAAAGUUUCAGGGAGUUAUGGAGAAAUCCUCCAGAAAUUGAUGCCUCACUGCAUCUUCCUUCCCAAAAUGAGUUUAUUCCUAGUGACUUUUCUAUACGUGCUAGUGACACCUGUGUUGAUGAUUUUGCAAAUUCAACUUCUCCUAGAUGUUUAAUUGAUGAGGCAUUGAUAAAAUUCUGGUACAAACCGGAUAGCACUUUCAAAGUUCCUCGUGCAAAUACAUAUUUUCGAAUUACCAUGAAGGGUGGCUAUGCUGAUGUAAAGAGUUGUGUAUUAUCCGAAUUGUUUAUUCACCUUCUUAAAGAUGAGUUGAAUGAAAUCACAUAUCAGGCUAGUAUUGCCAAGUUAGAAACUUCUGUCACUUAUGUUGGUGACAUGCUUGAGCUGAAGGUCUAUGGUUUCAAUGAAAAGCUUCCUGUUCUGUUAUCUAAAUUCUUUUCAGUGUCUAAAUCAUUCAUGCCAACUGAUGAUCGGUUUAAGGUAAUAAAAGAAGACAUGAAGAGAGCUUUAAAGAAUGCCAACAUGAAGCCUCUAAGCCAUUCAACAUAUUUGAGAUUACAAGUUUUGUGUGAGAGUUUCUAUGACGCUGAUGAGAAGCUGCAUCAUCUAAAUGAUUUGUUUCUUGAUGAUCUGAAGGCAUUUAUCCCUGGGCUUCUCUCCCAGAUAUACAUGGAGGGUCUUUGCCAUGGAAAUCUGUCAAAAGAAGAAGCAAUUGGCAUAGCAAAAAUAUUUAAGAUGAAUUUUCCAGUUAAUCCACUCCCUAUUGAAUUGAGGCAUGCUGAGCGUGUUAUUUGCCUCCCAUCCAGUGCCAAUUUAGUUAGAGAUGUCAAUGUGAAGAAUAAGUCGGAAAAAAACUCGGUGGUUGAGCUUUAUUUUCAAAUUGAGCAAGAUUUUGGUCUGGGGUCAAUCAAAUUGAAAGCUUUAAUUGAUCUUUUUGAUGAAAUUGUGGAGGAGCCAUUUUUCAAUCAACUGAGGACAAAAGAGCAGCUUGGUUAUGUUGUUGAAUGCAGCCCACGAGUAACAUAUCGUAUCUCUGGGUUUUGUUUCUGCGUUCAGUCAUCUGAGUACCACCCAGUUUACUUGCAAAGUAGAAUUGAAAACUUCUUAAAUGGCCUGGAAGAAUUGUUGGAUGGGCUUGAUGGUGAUUCCUUUGAGAAUUACAAAAGUGGGUUAAUGGCAAAGCUGCUGGAGAAAGACCCUUCACUCACAUAUGAAAGCAAUAGAUUGUGGAACCAAAUUGUUGAAAAAAGGUAUAUCUUUGACUUGUCAAAGAAGGAAGCAGAAGAAUUGAAGAACAUAAGUAAGCAUGAUGUUGUUGAAUGGUACAAGACUUACUUAAAACCGUCGUCUCCAAAGUGCCGACAACUACUUAUUCGGCUAUGGGGUUGCAACACAGACUUGAAAGAAGCUGAAGCACUACCCAAAUCUGUGCAGGUAAUUACAGAUCCAGCAGCUUUUAAGAUGCAAUCCAAGUUUUAUCCAAGUUUUUGUUAACUUUGAAGAUGUAGUUUGUUCAAAUGUUGAAAUUAAGGCAACUAGAACCAGAGAUGGUCCUCAUUUGAGUCAUUUCUCAUUUAUUGGUUGUAGUCUUGUCAUGACUGCUGGGGUACCAUCCAUAUACUUAUAAUGAACUAAAGUUUAAGGAGGGGAAUACAGAAUUUGUUACCUGGAACCACAGAUUUUGUUGAUGUAAAUUACAUUUAUUUGGGAAAUAUUCUUUUUAUCAACAAGUUAUUAUAGUUCAUUGACUGAAAGCGUUAUACAUUUGGUCC